AUGCCAUCUAAUGGAAAAAAUUCGGACGAGAAUUUGAAGGAAGCAAUAAGGAGACGGGGAGUGAUUAAAGGGAAGUUAACUCGAUUUGGUACAUUUUUUAAUGGAUUCUUAAAAAAUGACAAAAGAAAUUUCACCGAGUUGAAGCUUCGAUGCGAUAAAUUGAACGCAUUAUAUGAUGAAUUUGAUGCAGUUCAAACGGAAAUUGAAGAGUUCGACGAUUCCGCGGAUCAGCAAAGUGAACGUACCAUGUUUGAAAAUGACUUCUUUGCUGUCCAAGCUGCCGCUUCGGAGGAAGGUGAAAAUCAUCGGCUAUCAAACAUACCGACACCAACUCAACCAUAUCAACAAAAUGAUAGUCAAUUGUUUCAACUGCCCCGUAUAAGCCUACCAGAGUUUUCCGGUGGAUAUGAAAAUUGGCAAUCGUUUCGAGACAACUUUACUGUGAUGGUCGAUAAGAAAAACAUUGCCGCGGUACAAAAGCUUCAAUAUCUGCGUUUAGCUCUUUCGGGGUCUGCUGCACAAUUGAUUAAUAGUUUAGAGAUCACCGACGUAAAUUACCAAGUAGCUUGGGAGUUACUUACCAAACGUUUUGAAAAUAAACGUCUAAUUGUACAGUCACAUCUAUCCAAACUGUUCGCGGUUCAACGACUUGAAAAGGAAUCCGCAAUAGAAUUACGUUGUUUUUAUGAUACAUUCACAAGACACUUAGGUGCAUUAAAGGCAGUUGGAGAAAAGGUUGAUGGUUGGAGCACACCUUUAGUAUUUCUUGCUGCCUCAAAAUUAGAUGCUAAAUCGUUGAUGGAAUGGGAAGUGUCCAGAACGGACACCAGCGUGCCCACUUGGAUGGAAUUUGAUAAAUUUCUUUCUCAUCGGUGUCACACACUUGAGGCUGUUGAAGUGUCAAAAGGUCAAUCUAAGGUGCCAAAUAAUCACUUAGCAGUUCAAGGGUCACGAAGGUCGUUUACAACAUUUCAGGAUAACUCAAUGACGAUCGAAGACACAACCACAAAAUGUCAUAUAUGCAAAAUUCCACAUGCUUUGUAUCAGUGUUCACGGUUUUUAGAAAUGAGAACUCCGGAUAAGGUGAAAACCGCUCGAGCAGCAAAUGUUUGUUUAAACUGUUUACGGAGUGGUCAUAGAGCAUCCACAUGUCGUAGUUCUGGUUGUCAAAGGUGUAAUAAGCGACACAACAGUAAAUUGCAUUUAGAAGAAGAUGAACGAGAAGAAGCAUUUUCCAACAACAUAAUACUAGUACAAGAAACAAGCAAUGAUAUACUGAGCAGUCCUGAAGUACAAGAACCUGCAGUCGUUUGUAAUGCACAGAUAAAUACUAAUGGUAAUAUAAAAGGAAAAGAAGUAGCCAUGUUGUCGACAGCAAUAGUCAUCAUGAACGAUGCUCGGAAUGAGAAAGUAACUGCUCGAGUCCUCCUCGAUUCGGGAUCACAGGUAAAUUUGAUGACUAUGAAAUUAGCUACGAAACUUGGUUAUCCUAUAAAAUCGGCAAAUAUUACCAUUCGUGGUGUCUCCGGGAACUCAUGUACACCAAUUGGUGAAAUUACGGCUAGCAUAAAAUCCCGAUUAAACGCGUUCGAAGCCAGGCUUCAGUUUUUUAUAAUGCAGAACGUGGCAGGUACACUACCUACAGUAUAUCCCGAAGAAAACAUAAUGAAGGUGAUUAGCAGCAAAGAAUACGCAGAUCCGGAUGUAUGUUCAACGCGGAAAAUCGAUAUGAUUGUGGGAACUCAAGUGUUCUUUCGACUUCUGUGUAUUGGACAAAUUAGACCCGCAGGCACUGAUGCCAUUUGGCAAAAAACAGUUUUUGGUUGGAUUUUGUCAGGACAUAUAACUUCUACAAACCCAAUUCACUGUUUGUCGGCAACCGCAAGCACACUUGAUCCCAUCCAAAAGCAAAUUCAAAAAUUCUGGGAGUUAGAAGAGGUUGUACGGUCGUCGCCAGUUCAAGGGUUUUCAACGGAAGAAAAAAGAUGUGAAGAACAUUUUCUAAACACUUAUCGGAGAGAGGAGAAUGGUAGAUUCACAUUAGAACUACCGUUCAAAGAAAAUGUAAAGCAGCUGGGAGAGUCUCGAGUGAUGGCUGAAAAACGGUUUUAUACGAUGGAACAAAAGCUUGAAGGAAAUCGAGAAUUGAAAGAAGAAUAUGUAAAGUUUAUGCGUGAAUACAUCGAGUUAGGACACAUGACAUCAAAUCUGGAAGAAAAUGAAAAUCGAAAAGAACAAUAUCAGUUGUUUCUGCCUCAUCACGCGGUAAUUAGACAGGAAAGCCUUACGACUAAAGUACGAGUCGUGUUUGACGCAUCGUCCAAGACAUCGACGUCCGUGUCACUGAAUGAUACCCUCAUGGUGGGCCCUACAAUUCAGGACGAUUUAAGAGCUAUUCUACUUAGAUUUCGUAUUCAUGCAGUCGUCAUGACAGCGGAUAUUGAGAAAAUGUAUAGACAAAUUGCUAUAAGUCCCAAAUGUCAAUCGUAUCAACAAAUUCUGUGGAGGGAAAACCGAAAUGAGCCUCUUUUGAGUUAUAAGCUUAAGACAGUCACCUACGGAACAUCGGCGGCGCCUUUUAUGGCUAUCCGGACUCUGCUGCAAUUAGCUGAAUGUGAGAAAAAGAAUCAUGAAGAAGCGUCUCGCAUUGCGAAACGAGAUUUUUACGUCGACGACUUGUUGACAGGAGCAGCAAGUGUAGAAGAAGCUAUAAAACUCCAAGACGAUAUGUUGAAGAUGUGCAAAAAAGGUGGUUUUCUACUUCGAAAGUGGUGUUCGAAUCGUGACAAAUUAUUAGAACCUAUUCCAAAUGCGAUGCAAUCAACCAAUCAUAAUUUCAACCCCAAAGAUGAUGUAACGACAAAAACCCUCGGAGUCUGUUGGAAGCCGAUUGAAGACCAAUUCCAUUUCAAGGUUCAAGUAGCGAAACCACUAUCAUCAUGUACAAAACGCAAAGUAGUAUCAGAAAUGUCUAGGCUGUUUGAUCCAUUAGGACUGGUGAACCCUGUAAUUGUGAAGGCAAAAAUAUUUGUCCAACAACUGUGGAAGCUAAAAUUAGCAUGGGACGAGUCACUGCCGAUUGAACAUCACACAGCUUGGGAAAAUUAUCGGAAGGAGCUUAAAGACAUAACACAAAUUAACAUUCCUCGGAGAGUUACAGUCAGCGACAGCAUUCAGAAUGAGCUUCAUAUAUUUUGUGACGCAUCCCAAGUUGCCUACGGAGCAUGUGCAUAUUUGCGAAGUGUGACAAAGGAGCAGGCAGUGACUGUGCAGUUGCUCAUAGCAAAGUCUAGAGUUUGCCCGGUGAAGGCAACAACUAUUCCACGUCUAGAGCUGUGUGCAGCAUUAUUGGCUGCUAAGUUGAUGACUAUCAUAUGUCAAGCAUUGAAGGAAGUUAUUUCUCUGGACAACGUAACAUUUUGGUCAGACUCGUCAAUAGUUAUUAGUUGGAUUCAAAGUGAUGAGCCAGGAAAUAGCUGGAACACAUUCGUUGCGAAUCGCAUUGAAGAAAUAAGAGAAUUAACCACUAACUAUUCAUGGAAACAUGUAAAAGGAUGUGACAACCCUGCAGAUCACAUAUCACGAGGACUAAGUGUCAAGGAAUUAAUUAAUUGUAGUCAGUGGUGGUCAGGGCCGCACUGGCUAGCAUUACUAGAGUCGGAAUGGCCAACCAUAACCAUCCGAGAAGAAGUAACUGAACUUACAGAACGACGCAAGGCGGUUACUGUCCUACAAGUUAGUAUGAACAAAACAAUUGAUUUUAUAGAUAUCCUUGGGAGGUUUUCAAAGUUAGAACGACUGUACCGAAGCACGGCAUAUUUGUUCCGCGGAGUAACAGUUAAGAACAAGCGAGUAAGUGGAGAAAUAACAGCCGAAGAAAUCGAGAAGAGUUCAAAAUUCUGGAUAAAUAUAAUUCAAAAUUCAUCGUUUAAGGCGGAAAUCUCUGAGUUACGUGCCAGACAAUCACUUUGCACGCACAAUAGCAACUUAAAUUCAUUAAGUCCUUUUGUAGAUACUCACGGAAUACUCAGAGUGGGUGGCCGAUUGCAAAACGCUAAUGAGCCAUAUGACGUACGACAUCCAAUACUUCUACCGGCUGACUCACAGCUAUCUGAGCUCAUCGUGGAACGUGAGCAUCGUAGGCUAAUUCACGCGGGUCCACAACACCUCAUUGCCAGCCUUAGAAGGCGUUACUGGAUAAUUGGGAUACGACGUAUAGUUCAAAAGAUCAUUUUUAAUUGUAAUCCAUGUUAUCGCUGGAAGGUUCAAGGUAGUCAACAAAUCAUGGGGUCACUGCCAACUGAACGUGUCAUUCCGUCAUCAGCCUUUCAUAUAUGCGGCGUGGAUUAUGCUGGCCCGUUCAACAUGCGAUACGGUCCUCCACGUUCCAAACAAGUGUUCAAGUCUUACAUUGCAAUUUUCGUCUGUUUUUCGACUAAAGCAAUUCAUAUGGAAUGGGUUGACGAUCUUACUUCCGAUGCGUUUUUAGCUACAUUAAAGUGUUUCAUAGCAAGAAGGGGUAGUCCAUUAAAAAUCUAUUCAGACAACGGGCGGAACUUUGUAGGAGCUGCUGCACAGCUAAAAAAAUUCCUGGCAUCAACGGAUUUAAAAAAACACCUAAGCUAUUAUGCAGCUCAUUCAGGGAUAAGUUGGUCAUUUAUUCCACCUCAUGCUCCACAUAUGGGUGGUUUAUGGGAAGCGGGAGUGAAGUCAAUGAAAUUCCAUUUGCGCAGGAGUUUGGGAGAAACAACACUCAGUCAAAGAGAAGCCACAACAUUACUAGCGCAAAUUGAAGCUGUCUUGAAUUCACGGCCGUUGAUAGCAGCUUCAACUGACCCCAAUGACCUAGAAGCUUUGACCCCAGGACAUUUUCUUAUCGGAAGACCAUUAACAGCCAUUCCAGAGCCCUGUUAUUCGUCAAUCAAAACCUAUAAAGUAAGAUGGCAUAAGAUACAGCAGAUCGUACAACAGUUCUGGCAACGGUGGCGAACAGAAUAUUUGCAAUCCUUACAAGUACGUAAUAAAUGGCAAAAGCCUAAACAAAAUUUACAAAUUGGAGACCUCGUACUUAUCCGAGAGGAUUUCGAAACUCCACUUGCUUGGCGAAGAGGAAGAGUUGUAGACGUUCAUAAAGGAAGCGAUGGAUUCAUUAGAGUAGCAACGAUUAAAACUCAUACUGGUGAAGUCAAACGGCCAGUGCAUAAACUUUGUUUACUGCCUAACCAAGAAUCGAGAUCAUUAAACCCAUCAAGGGCUUAA